AUGGCAAGGCAAGAGCAACAGGACACGGACAUGGGCCUGGACCUGGAUGAGGAUCAUGUCGUGCUGUAUCCAAUGCAAACGGAGAAGCAGUAUGCUCCUACGCCCGACUAUUCUGACUACAAGGAAUCCUUUGCGUCCACAAGCACGCCGCUCGUUAUCGACAAUGGAUCGUGGCAAUGCAGAGCUGGAUGGGCUACCGAGGAUCGGCCGAGGCUUAUCUUUGACAACCAGAUUGCAAAGUUUCGGGAUAGAAAGGCCAACAUAUCGAAUACCUUUGUCGGAAACGACGUCUACUCGGAUGUGCUUGCGAGAUCCAAUGCUAGGACAGCAUUUGAUGGCACCGUCAUGUGCAACCCUGAGAUCAUGGAAACCGUGCUGGAUUACAUAUUCAUCAAGUUGGGCAUUGAUGCAGAGGAAAUUAAUCAUCCGUUAGUGAUGACAGAACCUGUUUGCGUGCCUCUUUACAAUCGCAACCUUAUGUCCGAGCUGCUAUUCGAGUCGUAUCAAGUCCCUUCAGUAACAUACGGAAUCGAUUCGCUCUUCAGUUUAUACGCAAAUGACUCCGAAAGAUCUAGGGACGGCAUUGUCGUAUCCGCCGGCCACCAUUUUUCGCACAUCAUUCCAGUAUCCGGCGGUAGAGUCCAUAUGGAGCACGCCAAGAGGAUAUCAUAUGGAGGCGUUCCUGCCAGCGAGUAUAUGCUCAAACUCAUGCAAAUGAAGUAUCCGACCUUCCCCGUGAAAAUGACGACCUUUCAAUCUGAGACCCUCUUUAUCAACCAUACAUAUGUCGCUCACGACUAUCUGGAAGAACUCGCGUCUUAUGAAGACCCCGAAGUGUUCAAAACGAAGGACAGAGUGGUCCAGUUCCCAUUUGUGGCACCAGUGAUCGAGGAAAAGUCCGAGGAGGAGCAGGCUAAACUUGCAGCGAAGAGAAAAGAGCAGGGACGACGAUUACAGGAGCAAGCUGCCAAAGCCAGACUCGAAAAGUUGAUUCAACGGGAGCAGGAUCUGGAGCAGUACAUGGCACUCAAGAACUCAAGGACAACACUAAAGAAGGUUGAAUGGAUGGAGCAGCUCAAAUCUAUGGGACUCAAGGAAGAAGCCGACUUGGACGCCGCUAUCAAAACAACGGACGCAGCGAUUAAGCGCGCACGCAACAAGGAGCUUGGUAUUGAAGAAGAGGAAAAGGAACCACCAACGUUUCCGCUUCUGAGUGUUCCGGACGAGGAAUUGUCAGAGGCUGAUCGUAAAGAGAAAAAGAAGCAGCGUUUGCUCAAGGCGAGUUACGAUGCCCGUAUGCGAGCCAAGGCAGCCAAAGCCGAGGAGGCAGCUCAUCAGGAAGAGUUGGCUCGAUUGGAAGCAGAAAAGCGAGAGAAGGAGCCUCAGAAAUGGCUGGCAGAAAUGCAUGCAAAAAGACAGGAACUGGUGGACAAGAUCAAAGCCAAGAAGCAGCUUCGUCAGCAGCUGUCAGAUCGCCGGAGUCAUGCCUCACAACUUCGUAUGAAAUCGAUCGCUGCCCUCGCAAGCGAUAGUCCUCCUCCGAAGCGACGCAGAAAGGGACAGGAUGAGGACACGUUUGGACAAGACGACGAAGACUGGAUGGUUUAUCGUGAAAUUAGUCGAGACGACGAUUCAGAAGACGAGGAAGAGGCAACGUUGUUGAACGAUUACGAGCAACAGCUGCUCAAACACGACCCUAACUUUCACGAGGAACACACCAUGAAUGCGUACACGCCAAAGAACUCGUUUCUGCACUACUAUGCUAACGGCCUUGGGCCUUAUGACCCAGCGGUUGGACUCUCGCUCGCUCAGACGUACCAGCUGCAUGUCAAUGUCGAGCGGAUCCGUGUUCCUGAGGCACUCUUCCAGCCAGGAAUCAUUGGACUUGAUCAGACAGGACUCAUCGAAACUAUACAAGAUGUUUUGAAGCGAUUCGAUGCUCAAGCACGGCAGCGACUUGUCCAGAACGUUCUGGUUACAGGCGGAGUGGCACAGGUGCCCGGACUCAUCGACCGACUAAAUAACUCGAUUCGGUCCAUUCUACCAUACUCGCCAGAUAAGAAGACAUAUGAAGUCCGGGCGGCACGCGAUUGUUUACUGGAUGCAUGGAAGGGCGCAGCCAUGGUUGCCAGAGACUCUAGACGGAUGCAAAGGAUUGCGGUGACACGACAGGAAUAUGAAGAGUAUGGAGGCUCAUACAUCAAGGAGCACGAGUUGGGCAAUGUACAAGUAACGGCAUGA